UAAGUACUGUGAACAUAACAUCUGAUCCAGAAGGAGAUACGAACCAGAGAACGUGAUGAAGAAAUAGAGAACGUGAUGACGUUAGAAUAGUCAUAAAUGCGAUUGGUAUCAUUAUGUCUACUUAGGGAACUUUAUACAUACAGACACACACAAAGAUAUUAAAAUCAAUGUUUUUGGUCGAUUGGUCAUACUUGAUCAAAGCUAAGCAAAUUGCGGAUCUAUAAGAAACAUAUUAGAUUUGGAGUUUAUUGAGUAAAUAACUGGACUCUAUCGAUAAUGUCAAAACUGGGCAAGUUCGCAAAGAGUGACUUUACAAAGUGUAAAAUAUGCCGACUCCUUUAUCGUAGCCCAAUCUCCCUGCCUUGUCUUCACAGCGCUUGUGAGAAAUGCUUCAAGAAACAGGCGACCAACAACAGCGGGGAAUAUAGCUUCACAUGCCCUCAAUGUAACGAAACUGCUAGCCUGAAAGACAUCAAAAGGGACGUUUUCGUGGGGAAUAUCACAGAGGUCGCCUACUGUAAUGUGAAUGAAAGCAGAACGUGUGGGCAUUGUAAAUACAGGGGCGGCAACAACAGGUGUGUUCAAUGUCGUAUGCACCUAUGUCAGGACUGCACGGAUGCCCAUCUGGAUAACGCCAAAACUCGCAAGCACAAGAUAUUCCCUUAUGCCGACAUCCGCGAGGGUUAUCACGAUAAAGACAUUCGAACCAAUCAACUUAUAGAAUGUGACAAGCACACCGACCAAUCAUUGGGCCAUUUCUGCGAGGACUGUACAACCAUUUUCUGUGCUGUUUGCCUGAAGGAGGACCAUGCCGACCAUCAAACGCUGACUAUAAAAGAAUCGAGCAAGUACGAGAAUAUCCUAAGACAACAACGUGAUUCAGUAAACGGCAGACUGACUAACCUCUCUAACUAUCGCCAAUACCUACAAGAUUACGCUGAUGAGAUUGAGACAAUGAAAGGCAACACUGUUAAUGACAUUGAAGCCCAGGCUGAUGCCUUAAAAGCGCUAAUUGACCGAAGAAAGGAGAAACUAAUCGAUGGUGUGAAUACGAUUUGUGAGAACGAGAAGAAAGGUCUUGCUUCUAAAAUUGACUCAUUUGAGAGUACAAUAUCAAGCAUUAAUGGCGUUGAUAGCUCCUUGGAAAUACUUUUCCAAUACGGCAGACCGGAAGAAAUACUAUCAAUAUAUAAAGACAUUAUGCUUCGUACAGAAUUCUUCAAAAAUGUCCAAAUGGAGGGUAUUGCCAGUAAGACACACGUGAAGCUUCAAAAGGGGAUCAUAAAACAAGAGGUCUUGGAAGAGAUGCUGGGAGAAGUGGAGGUCUUUCAGUCUUCCCAGGAUUCACUAGCUAUGACAGGGGAUCAGGGUAUUACGUUGGGGACCACCUACAAUGUCCAGCCAGAUCUCAUACUGGCAUUUGAUCCAAAAAUUGAUACCGAUGAAAAUGACCCAAUCCCUAUUGCGAUAGAUACAAAUAAACAUGGGGAGUUCGUCGUGCUAGAUAGCGCUAAUAAGAAGAUAAAGACUUUCAACCCGGAAGGUGAAUUUCUACAUGAGUUCACAACAACAGCCAAACAGCCUUAUGAUAUCACUGUACUCCCGAACGCCCAUAUUGCCGUUAGUGAUUUAGACUCUAACGACAAAAUCAAACUAUACUCGAGAGAGGGGGAAUACCAGCGAUCUAUAAAAGGCGAAUACCAAGGCCCUAAAGGAAUUGCUUGCACGACAGAUGGGCUCGUUGCAGUGGUUAAUAGCUCGGAGCAAGAAAUUACAACCCAUAGAGUAAAAGACGGAGAGGUCGUGACAACAAUAGAAGGGAAGGAUGACUUUGGAUUCGACAUUGUCCAGGAAGCAGACCGGUUAUGCAUAACAAAAACGAACAACCUUGUUUUGUUAGACAGACAAAAACCGCACGUCAAAGUCUACAGUAUGGAAGGAAAAUGUUUGAAUCAAUUUAACCAGAGCUCACAGAAAGUCCUCGGUCAGCCUGCUGGGAUAUGCGUCGACGGGGUUGGGUGUAUAUACAUAUCCGACCAUAAACACCAUCAGGUUGUGGAGCUCAGGCCAGAUGGUAGCUUUGUACGUGUGCUCCUUGACAAACACUCAGGUCUAUGGCAGCCCCUCGCUCUUACUGUUACAAAGGCGGGGCUUCUUGCUGUCACUCAACAGAUUGGUAGUGUCAGACUCUUCAAGUAUAAAUAAUUUGAACAUAACCUGUGGUAACAACCGACCACUGGUCCUAACGAUAACUGCAGUUAGUUUAAACAAAAUGGUUGACACUAUUUUACAUGAAUCUUUAUGACAACUAAUUCAUAAAGUUAAUCAUUAAACUGUAAAUGCCUAUGAAAUUGCUGAAAUAUCCCAAAAAUCGGGGAAUUGAAAAGAAAACAGCUUUUUCAAGUAAACAAUAAUAAAAAUCAACAU